AACAGACACACACACACAGACGAGAUUGUCACGGGAGAGGACGGACAGACAGUCUCGGUGUUUCUGCUAGGCUUGUCUGCUAUAAGUAGCACUCGACCCGGGAUUACAAAGAUAACGCGACGCUAAUGCCAUGAUCUUGGGAUAUUCGUACUGGCUGAAAUUAGCUCGGUGUAAUUAUUGAAGAUAGGGAGUGUUUGUAUUAUGAUAAACGGCCACGAACGGAAAAAUUCGGCAUCACACAGAAUACAGGCCAGUCUGUCCUUUUGGGGAUGGGGGGGUCUCGGAGUCGUGCUGUUCCUCAUCACCUUCGGACCCUUUGCUAUAUUCUACCUGGCCUUUUAUAUCCUCUGCUUCAUUGGCGGUGGCUUUGCGGUCACUCUGCUGUACGGGAAGAUCAACUCCGAGAAAUACUUGGAGAGGUGCGAGCACUCCUACCUGCCGCCCCCACCUAUUGGUAUUCCAAAGACGUUGGAUGAGAUGAAGCUGGAGAUGAAGCCCAUCAAGAUCGACAGGCGACUGACUGGCUCGAGUUUCAUAGAUGAGCCUCUGCAACAGGUGAUCCAGUUUGCUUUGAGAGAUUAUAUCCAGUACUGGUACUACACUCUGAGCGAGGAUGAGUCUUUCUUAUUGGAGAUCAGACAGACGCUGCAGAACGCCCUCGUCCAAUUCUCCACGCGGUCCAAAGAAGUGGACUGGCAGCCUUACUUCACCACUCGCCUGGUGGACGACUUUGCCACCCAUUUGCGUGUCUUUCGUAAAGCUCAGGAUCGCCUCCCGGACAGAGAGGAUAAACUAAGGGACAUAACAGAGGAGCUGAUCGACUCCUUUUUCGAGGCCGAAGUGGAGAUGGAAAGGAAGAUUUGUCGAGAUGUAGUGUGCACUUCUCUUAAGGACGAAGAAGGAUUCCUUCGAGAUUUGUGCGAGUUGCUUCUGUAUCUGUUACUACCUCCUGGAGACUUCCACAACAAGAACAUGAGAUAUUUUUUAAGAGAGGUGUUGGCGCGCGGAGUCCUGCUUCCUCUCGUCAACCAGCUGAGUGACCCAGACUACAUCAACCAGUUUGUCAUCUGGAUGAUUCGAGACUCCAGCUGUAACUACGAAGCCUUCAUGAACAUCCUGAAACUGACAGAUAAGCCUGCUGAGCUGGAGGCCGUAAAGGACAAGGUGAUGGAGGAGCUGCAAUACCUGCGCUCGUUGGACACAGCAGGAGAUGACAUCAAUGUGAUCAAGAACCAAAUCAACAGUCUUCUGUUUGUAAAGAAGGUGUGCGAGACCAGGAUCCAGAGACUACAGUCUGGCAAGGAGGUGGACGCUUUGAAGCUUGCGGCCAACUUCGGCAAGCUGUGCGUCAUCCCGCUGGAUCAUAUCCUCGUCCACAACAUAGCCCUGCAGUUCUUCAUGGAUUUCAUGCAGGCGGCCGGCGCCCAGGCCGAGCUCUUCUUCUGGCUCACCGUGGAAGGCUACAGGGUGACGGCGCAGCAGCAGCUGGAAGCCAUGCAGUGCUGGCAGAAAGAUGGCAAGAGGCAACCCAACACUACCAAGGGGCUCCUCAGGGCAGCUGCACUGGGAGUUUUUGAGCAGUACCUUUCUGACAAGGCAUCUCCCAGGGUUCAAGUAGACGAGGAUUCGAUAACACGCCUGGGGGAAAAGCUAGAGAAAGAUGAUCCCACGCCGGAAAUAUUUGAUGAAAUCCAGAGAAAGGUCUAUGACAUGAUGCUAAGGGAUGAGCGCUACUACCCGUCCUUCAAGCAGAGCCCACUCUACGUUCGCAUGCUGGCGGAACUGGACAUGCUCAAGGAGCCCAGCUACCGCGGCUCUGAUGACGGCGACGGCGAAUCUUUCAAUGGCUCCCCGACAGGAAGCAUUAACCUGUCUUUAGAUGACUUGACCAACUCCUGCCAUGAUGAAUCUAUGCAGCUCCAUGCUUUCAUCUCUGAUACGGCUGACGCUGGUCUUCCCGGCUUUUGGGCUGCCGCAGGUGUGUGCAAUGAGCAUGGGAAGACGUACGCGCUUUACGCCAUCACUGUAUUCAGACGUCACCUGGACGGCAGCGAGGACUGCUGGAAGACGUACCGGCGUUACUCUGAUUUUCACGACUUUCAUAUGAGGAUCACUGAGCAGUUUGAGAACUUGACGUCUAUCCUCAAGCUCCCGGGGAAGAAAACCUUCAACAACAUGGACAGAGACUUCCUGGAGAAACGGAAGAAAGACCUCAAUGCUUACCUACAAUUGCUGCUGAACCCAGAGAUGGUGAAAGGGUGCCCAACUCUUCUCCCGUACGUCUACGACUUCCUAGAGAACAAAGCCUACAACAAAGGCAAAGGAGACUUUGCACGCAAGAUAGACACCUUUGUCAACCCCCUGCGGAGCUCCAUGAGGAACGUGUCCAACGCGGUCAAGUCCCUCCCGGACAGUCUGGCCGAGGGCAUGAACAAAGUGUCAGACAACAUGGGCCGCAUGUCCGAAAGACUGGGCCAGGACAUCAAGCAGUCCAUAUUCAAGGUGCCGCCUCUUCUUCCCAAGUCGGACAUUGACCCCGAACACUGUCGAGUCUCCGCACAACUGGACGACAAUGUGGACGACAACAUCCCGCUGCGCGUCAUGCUGCUGCUGAUGGACGAGGUGUUCGACCUGAAGGAGAAGAACCAGUGGCUGCGAAGGAACAUCAAGAACCUGCUGCAGCAGCUCAUACGGGCCACUUAUGGUGACACCAUCAACAGGAAAAUUGUGGACCACGUGGAUUACUUAACGUCUCCAGAGCAGGUGGCAGAAUACGUCAAGAAGUUCAGAGACUCCUAUUGGCCUAACGGUAUUCUGGCCGAGACCCCGCCCCGUCGGGACAAGAGCAUCCGGAUGAGGACGCGAGUCGCUGCCAAGACUAGUCUGCUGGGCAUCAUGCCAGACGAGCUGAAGCACAUCAUUGGAGCGGAAACCACGCGCAAGGGCAUCCUGCGCGUCUUCGACAUGUUCCAGCACCAGCCCAUGAACCGGCGGCUGGUCUACGUGUUCCUGGAGGGCUUCUUGGAAACCAUGUUCCCUCAGUACAGGUUCCCCGAACUCUUCGUCAAGCUGCACUCCCGCUCGCCACGCAUCCAUCGAUACGGCCACAAACUCAAAGGUUCUUCCCUCAAAAGGUGACACGAGUGGACCGAGCCAGAUGGACACGGACAAAAGUAGACGCACAUGCGCACACGGCACAGACUUAAGAGCUAAAUAUGACACUGGGGGAAGGGGCUUAUAAGAUGUGAACUUUAAAGUGUGAAGCCCUCAUGUCUUUUCAUUGAAAACACUCCAAGUAAUAAUAAGAUGGAUUUCAUUACACAUACGCAUCCCACCUGACAGCGUUCUAGUCCCCAUUCAUGUUUGGAUGUUUUUCGUUGAGUUUUGCUGAACUGGGCCAGUCAGUGCUGUCCCCUGGUGGCCCGCGAGUACUGUACUGUUUUUAAACUGCAGGACGAUAGCAUCAACCUUCACCUUUGCCUUACCUUCGACUCGCCCCCUCCCCUCUAAAUGCUGUAGACAUUUUUAACUGCAAAAGCUGCACUCGUUUGUGUUCAUAGCAACCAAAUAUGUCAAUAGCACUGGCUAACAAGGCGCUGUUUUUUUUUUUUUUUUUUUUAAAAGUGACUGAACAAAGAUAGGGUGAAUGGAUUUAUUUUUAAAUUCCUAUUUUCACACCUCAAGUCCUGCCCCCCCCCCCCCCCCCAAACUGCCCACCCUGACCCCAGAUGACCAAAGCUCGCAUUGUUGUGCUCUAUGAAGACAUUUGAAGCAAAAUGAUGCAAUGAUGACCUCACUCACGGUGUGUUUGUGUGUGCACGUUAAGGCUCAGCAGUCCAUGCAAUCAAGCACACUUAAUACACGUUUGUGGAAAGCCGUUUAUUCGACAGCAUGGAUAUCCACCUUACGGUAUGUAUAUUCCUAUAUACGUGUGUAUAUGCAUUCAAUUGAGAGGCGCAGUUGUCACCUAGUGCUGUUUUCCCUCACUCUACUAGUCCAACUAAAUUGUCCCUACUAAGCAAAAUAGUACUUCAACCCUAAGGUGAAUAUCAAGGAUAUUGAAUGUCUUCGAUGGCUUUCCAUACACGUCGAUGAAUGUAUUCUCCGUGCUAGUGUGUGUUUUGUGCAAAUGUGUGCGUGUGGUCCAACUGUGAAAGUGAGUCGGCCUUAAGACAAUGCAUCCGCAGUUUAAACUGACAAGAAGCUCUUCCACGUGACUGAAUCCUCCUCUCGAUGUGGACAAAUAUUCCCGAAUCACUUUUUAGACGGCAGACAAGCAGGUCUUAAAUUUUGUGCAAUAUUACUUUUCUUGGACGCAUGUGCAUUUUGAAUUAUUGUACAUAUAGUAAAACAGAUUCAUGUUCUUUAAAAAAAAAAAAAAAAACAUGAAAUAUUUCUCCCUUCUUAGCCCUACAACUUUAACAUUCCAUUGUAUGUUUCAUUUACAGACUUGUUUUAUAAGUCACUUUUUUUUUCUUUUUUUUUUUAACCAAAGGGUGUGGGCACGUUUUGCCCCUGAGGAUUUACCUUUUAUUAGCGAACGAGCUUGUUUUGCUAAUUAGGAUGGGACAGGCGCCAUCCCGUUUUCUUCCAAUAGCCCAAGACAAGUGGAAUUGCUGCUCAUGAGCAUUUACAGUAGCAAGUGUGUGUCGAGGGUCUCCCAUUGGCUUGAAUGGAGCACCUGAUUGGUUGGUAAACUAAAUCGUCAGUUCCCAUAGUGAGAUGUCACCUGUAACAUUGCACACCUCUCCAUUCAGGAAAGUUUAUUUCACUCAAAUCCAGGAUACAUCAAAACGUCAAUAGUGUGCCUACAUGUACUGUCAACUCUAUUUUCUACUUUAAUCUAUAAAACAAUCAGAAUGUCAUGAUCACGUUAAGCGAGUGAAACUUUUGUUUUUUUUUGCAUCACGCGUACCGACAAACCCUUGAGAGCAACUGCUCACAUCAGUAUAGCACUAAUAAAAGGUAACUCUGACUAACUGACA